UCCCUUGCGGUGCACGCUCCCGGCCGGGGGCGUGCACUUUGCAGACGCUCCCUGCUCGCCAGCCUCCCUGACCCCGCCGCCUCGCUCGCCGCUCCCAGGUGCCGGCCCCAGCUGUGGCGCCGCAGCUGCUCCCCGCCGCAGCGCACUGGUGGCCCCGGCGGACGAUGGGCGAUGGGCUCGGCCCGGCGCGGAAGGAGGCUACAGAAUAUUUUUAAAGCUACCACCCACCUUGCUCUUGAAAUAACUUCAGAUUUGGCACUUCAUUAAAAAGAUUGAUGAUACAACUUAAAAUGCAGCAUGACUAGAUCAUGGUGCAUGCUUUCAGGAAUUGUCUUCAAUGUUGAUUUCUUUUCUCAUCACCACUCUCUUCUACUACCACUACGGUAGCAUCUCUCCGAAUGGUUCCUUAUUGAGCAGCAGGAUGGAACUGAAAGGAGGAAAUACACUGACUAAUGCACCAGAGUGAGACUGAUUCCUGCAUUGUGAUCUUUACAUACCUGGACCAUGCAUUUGCUCCUUGGUUUCUUGCUUUAAGAACCCGUGCAGUGAUUGUGAAGCUGUUGGGAAGCCAUGGCGUUCUUUACUCCGUGGAAACUCUCUUCUCAGAAACUUGGGUUUUUUCUGGUGACUUUUGGCUUUAUUUGGGGAAUGAUGCUUCUGCAUUUUACUAUUCAACAGCGAACUCAACAUGAAAGCAGUUCAGUCCUUCGUGAGCAAAUAUUGGAUCUCAGCAAAAGAUAUAUCAAAGCAUUGGCAGAAGAAAAUAGAAAUGUGGUGGAUGGGCCUUAUGUUGGGACGAUGACAGCAUAUGAUCUCAAGAAAACUCUUGCAGUCUUACUGGAUAAUAUCUUGGAGCGUAUUGGCAAGCUAGAGUCCAAGGUGGAGAACCUUGUAAUUAACGGCACCGGAGCAAACUCUACCAACAGUACCGCCACUGCUGCUCCCAGUUUAGGAACAGUUGAAAAGCUCAACGUAGCAGAUCUCAUUAAUGGAGCCCAGGAACAGUGUGAAUUGCCUCCUAUGGAUGGCUUCCCUCACUGCGAGGGCAAAAUAAAGUGGAUGAAAGAUAUGUGGCGAUCGGAUCCAUGUUAUGCAAGUUACGGUGUGGAUGGGUCUACGUGCUCCUUUUUUAUUUACCUCAGUGAGGUUGAAAACUGGUGUCCUCAUUUACCUUGGAGAGCAAAAAAUCCUGACGAAGAAACUGAUCAAAAAUCAAUGGCUGAAAUUCAUACCGACUUUGAUCUCCUCUACAAAAUGAUGUCAAGGCAUGAAGAAUUCCGAUGGAUGAUGUUGCGCAUCAGACGAAUGGCUGAUGCGUGGAUUGAAGCAAUUAAGUCACUUGCAGAAAAGCAAAACCUGGAGAAAAGAAAACGAAAAAAAAUUCUUGUUCAUUUGGGACUUUUAACAAAGGAAUCCGGAUUCAAGAUCGCAGAGAAUGCAUUUAGUGGUGGCCCACUUGGUGAAUUAGUCCAGUGGAGUGAUUUAAUUACAUCUCUCUACUUACUUGGCCAUGACAUUAGGAUUUCAGCUUCACUGGCAGAGCUCAAGGAGAUUAUGAAGAAGGUUGUAGGGAACAGAUCUGGUUGCCCCACCCAGGGAGAUAAAGUGGUAGAACUUAUUUACAUUGAUAUUGUGGGACUUACUCAGUUUAAGAAAACGCUUGGUCCAUCAUGGGUUCAUUACCAGUGUAUGUUACGAGUAUUGGAUUCAUUCGGGACUGAACCUGAGUUUAAUCAUGCUCAUUAUGCCCAGUCUAAAGGCCACAAGACACCAUGGGGGAAAUGGAACCUUAAUCCACAGCAGUUUUAUACAAUGUUCCCUCACACGCCAGACAACAGCUUCCUUGGGUUUGUAGUGGAGCAGCAUCUGAAUUCCAGUGACAUUAAACACAUUAAUGACAUCAAAAGGCAGAACCAGUCACUUGUUUAUGGCAAAGUAGAUAACUUCUGGAAGGAUAAGAAGGCUUAUUUGGACAUCAUUCAUACCUACAUGGAAGUCCAUGGAACCGUCCACGGGACAAGUACUGUCCAUAUGCCCAGCUACGUGAAAAACCAUGGCAUACUUAGUGGGCGGGAUUUGCAGUUUCUGCUGAGAGAAACAAAAUUGUUUGUUGGACUUGGAUUUCCAUAUGAAGGGCCUGCUCCCCUAGAGGCUAUUGCUAAUGGAUGUGCUUUUCUAAAUCUAAAAUUUAACCCACCGAAAAGCAGCAAAAAUACAGACUUUUUUAAAGGCAAGCCUACACUCCGAGAGUUGACGUCUCAGCAUCCCUAUGCUGAGGUUUACAUUGGGAAGCCUCAUGUCUGGACUGUGAACAUCAAUGAUCCUUCUGAGGUCGAGAAAGCAGUGAAAGCAAUUUUGAAUCAAAAGAUUGAACCUUAUUUGCCCUAUGAAUUUACAUGUGAGGGGAUGCUACAAAGGAUGAAUGCAUUCAUUGAAAAGCAGGAUUUCUGUCAUGGGCAAGUGAUGUGGCCACCAUUAAGUGCACUGCAGGUAAAAAUUACUGAACCUGGAAAAUCAUGUAAACAAGUUUGUCAGGAAAACCAGCUCAUCUGUGAGCCAUCCUUCUUCCAACACCUUAACAAAGACAAGGAUCUACUGAAGUAUAACGUGGAAUGCCAAACUGUUGAAUCUGCAAAUGAUAUCGUGGUCCCAUCUUUUGAUGAAAGCAAGAAACACUGCAUUUUUCAAGGCGAUCUUUUGCUGUUCAGCUGUGCGGGAUCCCAUCCAAACCACAAACGAAUCUGCCCCUGCAGGGACUAUAAUAAGGGACAGGUUGCACUUUGCAAAGAUUGUCUAUAGCAGCAGCACCUUGCUUUAGUUUUGGGAUGAACAAAGUGGUUUUGAGAGAACUACUUAUACUUCCUGCACUUUUGUCCAAUUGUCUGCUGCAGGCCGAGCAAAUGCUGCCAAGCGGAAUUCUCUGAGAAGAGGGAUUCAUAACGAACAUCUAAAUGAUUUUUAUUUUUUUCUAAGUGAACACUUGCAGUGGAGCUCUUUGAAAUCUUCCACCUACUCAAGGAAAAGAGAAAUAAAGUUCCAUGCUUUGUAACAAUUUGGAGAUCAUUGCCAAGAACAGUUUGUAGAAAAUUCCCAGACCCAUCAAACUUUUUUUUGGUUGUUUUUUGGAUGAAACAAGUGUUUUUCUAUUUUUUUAACAAGUUAAAACAUCCCGUCAUCGUCAGCUAAGAAUCUGAACGUCAUUCCAGUAAAAAAAUGGGGGGAAAAUGCACGUGGUGGGUGGGGGAGAGGACUACACUUAUUAUUGGGGCACUGUUUUGGGUGCUGCUGCAGCUUGAAUGGCUAUAAAAUGGUGCAUUUCACAAGAACUUGGAACCACAAGGUAACACAAAUAACAAUAUAUAGCUGCUUGCUCCCAGUCCUUUUUUAAAUCCUCACGUACUACAAGGUAUCGAUGGCAUCACAACUACUGUACCUGGAGCACUCUAAACAGGCAGCUCUGGGAAUGUGAGGAUCAGUGGCUGCCAGUGUGUGACAAAUUCUGUUGUUGCUUGAGAACUGAUUAUGAUUGUGACCUACUCUGGUGUGGAACCGCCGUGGAAAAACACGGCCAUUUUAAAAUGGACUUGUCAUCAUCAGUUUACUGGGUCUGUUUCGAGAGUGAUCCUUGGAAUUUGCCCAUGCUUCUGUUGUAGUCUGCCUAUUCAAAGUACUGUGUGAAGCAAAAAGUAUUCUGCAUCAUUUGAGCAAUAUUGUUUGAUCCUCAGUUUGCUAUACCUUACAGUAGUUAAAACAUUACUGCAAGACGGAGAAAGGAUCAACUAACUAUAAUUUUCUGUAUCAUAGGAAUGUGAACAGUCUUCAUAACAAGCUCUGUUUUUAAAGAGGAAGAUAUUUUAAAGAGCAAUUAUAAGAGAAGGAAAACUUCUUAGGAAAAAUAUUGUUGAUCGCUUUUCUGGAUUCUUAGUCCUUUUUUUAAAUAGGCGAGCCAGGGAUAUAUUUUAAAACUACAGUUAAUUACCAAGAGUUUGAAUUGAAAUUCAGACUUGUUUAGAACAGUGAACCUAAAUCUUUUUAAAUAGUAACAUGUAUCUCUUUUUUUUUUUUAAAGAGUAAAUUUCUAUUUUUUUGCAGCACAAGGUGACAUGUUUGAAAGCACUGUUCGUGGCUGGGAAAAAUUACGUUAAAUUAGAGGGAAAUGAAUUGCUUAGUCUGCAGUAGGAUUUGAAAAAGACCAUAGCUUGCAGGUUUAAAACUUGGGUAUUUCCCAGUCAUAGUUGAAAAACCUCAAUUUGAUUUUUUUUCCCCCUUUGUGAAGAUUUAACAAGCACUACCCAGUCUCUCCAUUAAUGAAAGUAUAGGCACUUUAAUAUUUUUCUCUAGACUAUAUCAGGUUCACUUAUUUUUUUAUAACCAUCAUUCAUUAUCCGUGUGAGAGUAUUGAAGUCUCUCAUGACCUACCAAAGACCAAAUAAGGGAAACACGACCGAAACAGUCAAAUUAUCAAGAGAAGUUAACAGAAACGUAGAAGUUCAGUUUCCAAUUUGAGUGUAAUUUCAAGUAUGUUUCAAUUCCCUAAUUCAACACUCCCAUUUCAUUGUUAAACGAUGUAACAAGUACUGCAGACUAGAUAGAAAUUGGUGUCUAAAUGAUUGAGUAUCCAGAAAGCAUAUAUGGCAGAAACCUGGGCAGCAGUGUUUAUCAAUAAUAACUGGGAUGUAAUGAUAGUAAAGCUUCUGUAAUUGCAAUAAUUCUGCAAAAAUAGAACAUAACUGGUUACUUAUGAGGCAUAGUUUUGUAUGAAAAGAAAUUGAGCAGUUUUGGGGAGUGUCCCAGGCAUUCCCUCAGUCAGAAUGGAUGCUGUUUGCAUUGGCUUUUAAUAUCCAGGGAACUCUGAUUCUUGGCUUUUUUUAGAAUUGGAAUCUGAGGUGCCUCAGCAGUUCAUUUUAGGUGUUCUCCAUAUUCCUGUACAUAUGAUACGAGUACAGCCAGAAGAAUCCCAGGCUUUAAAGAAAAUAUGCGCACCAGUUUGGGCCUUAUAUCUGGCAUUAACUUAUUGGUGACAACAGAAUCUGACUUUUUGUGAUGCAACCUGAGUUUCUGUAAUCAGAAGUGUAAUAAGUUAGAUGGAACAUCACAUCAUACAUUGGCAAUAAAGACUUGUGCAAGCGUGCUUAAACAACCCAAAGCACCAUGCCUACUGUAACAUAACAAUUAGAAACCAUUUGCUGUUGUUUUUUUUUUAAAAGCACUAAGCUGUAAAUAUACACUUGCUUGUUUCUUACCAUUGAAUGGCUUAAUACCAUUUGUUUUGCCUCUAAAAACUGAGGAUAGAGGAUUUCUGCUAGUUUGUUGUUACUGCUAUCUCUGAUGCACUGUAUUAUUCAGUAAUAUAGUGCUGUCAGUGCAGUCUUUACCCCAGCAGGGGGAGUUAUAAUCUCUAUAGUAUUUGUGUUUAUUUCUGAGCUACUGAAUUUUUUUACUGUAUAUUGGAGGAAGGCCAGGGGGAGAGAGAAAACCAUUAAGCUCCUUCCAGUAGCAGAAAUCAAUGAAAAAAAAUUUUGGACCUGGGGCGGGGGCGGGAAUAAUCAGUAGGGCUACAUCCUACUCCCACUGAAAAUUUUGGGAAUUUUGCUGUUCCCUUCAAAAGUCCUGCCCAAUAUGAGACAUUUUCCAAGGACUUUGUUUUGUUAUGUCCAAAUCUUGAAGAUGCUGAACUCUUUUCUCGAAAGGAAAAGUACUCUUAUAAUGUGCAGCUUCAGUUUUAUUUUCUGAAAGAGAAAAGCAUGUUAGAUCAUGGGAGAUAACUUUCUGCAUAUGCAUAUUCUUUGUUUUCAAAUUUCUGCUUUGCUUGCCUUGAAGACUUAUUGGAUAGAAAAAAACGGAAGUUGCUAUCAACAUUUAAAUGGAUAGUGAUUCACUAAAUCUGAUACUUUGUUUUUUUUUCUGUGGUAAUAGUCUUUAAAUUUAUAAGCAAGUGGGUUCUUGUAAAACAACUGAACACUCCAUUCUGCAAGUAAGCACUCAGGCAGAUGCAUAGGGUAUUAUUUUAGAAAUUAUGAAUCAUUCACUAAAAUUGUUGCCCAUUUUUUCUAAAAUGUGGACACACAGUCUUCUGUUAGACUCCAUGAUUAAGCUGAGUCUUUCCCCUCUUACUUAAAUAAUAAAUGUAUAGUCCACAUACUGCACUUGAAUGAUGGCUUUGUGGAAGAAUGAUUGGUUAUAAGAUGGGAUUUCAUUAAUGUAACUUUGUCACUGAAACUCGCACUUCCUUUUUCAGACUUCAUUUUUUUGCAAGAAUUAGUUUUGGAUACCCUGACCAGUAAUUGAUGGAAAUCAGGUGUGUCAAAACUGAAGUAUAACAACCAUAUUAUAAGCUCAUAAACAUAUCUGUCAUAAAUCAAAACAUUCUUUUGUUUUAAACUUUUGUAUUUUUUGUGUGUGACCUGAUUUUUGAAAAAUCUUAUUCCUAUGAGAUUAGAAAACUUGAGAAAAGAAUUUACAUAAUUUAUUACGGUUAACAUAAAAGGCUUGCCUUUGAAAGGUAAAGUUGGUAAAUAUACACUGUUUAAAAAUGCCAAUAAAAACCUCAUUUAUUUCAUAUAUGCAAGUUGAUUUGCACAUGUAUAAUUAGAUACGCUUUUGGCAUAUUUGGCUUAGUUUUCUUUAUGGUUGUGUGUCUUUUUGUUUCUCUCUUUUUGUAAUUUAUUAGUUACAGUUGUGUGUGUUGCUUAAUGUCAGAUUUAAGUUACUUCUGCAAAUAUUUAAUGUUUAUGUGCCUUUUUAUUUUUAGAUGGAUGUUUAGAAUGUGGGCACUGUGUGAACAAGUAUAAUGGAACACGGAUUUUAGGGUUAAAAAAAGGACUUGUUGCUAUAUAAAUACUAAGUGUGACUUCUAAAAUGUUUUUUAAAUAGCAGUGGAAAGUUGUCUAGAAAUAUGAAGGAAAAGACAUAAAAGAAUCACCAUUGUAAAUGUAAAAGAACAGGAGUACUUGUGGCACCUUAGAAACUAACAAAUUUAUUAGAGCAUAAGCUUUCAUGAGCUAUGCUCUAAUAAAUUUGUGAGUCUCUAAGGUGCCACAAGUACUCCUGUUCUUUUUGCGAAUACAGACUAACACGGCUGCUACUCUGAAACCCAUUGUAAAUGUAAUAUCCUUUGUUAGAAUCAUAGAAUAUCAGGGUUGGAAGGGACCUCAGGAGGUCAUCUAGUCCAACCCCCUGCUCAAAGCAGGACCAAUCCCCAAUUUUUGCCCUGAUCCCCAAAUGGCCCCCUCAAGGAUUGAACUCACAACCCUGGGUUUAGCAGGCCAAUGCUCAAACCACUGAGCUAUCCCUUUGAAUAUGUGUGGUCUGAUGGGAAGGUAGUGCAUUGGGAUUCAAUAUUUAAACAUAGCUCUAUUGUUUAAUGACCUUGGAGCAAAAUAGAUCCACUAUGCCCCACAAGAAGACAAUGAAGAGCCAGAAAUAGCUAUUAAAAUUGCCAAAUGUGAGUUUGUCAAGGAAAUGGGAGAGACACAUUAAAGAUUGUGAGGCAGUCAGAUACUUCAGUAAUGGGGAUCUAUAAGAUAGACUUGAGUCCGGGUGCCUGAAAAUAUUUUGUUCAUUUGCUGGAACUACUAGCCAGAAUACAAUCGUUUGCUUUUCAUGGCUAUCUGACUUUAUGCAAUUAGAGUCCAUAAUUGAGAGGGAGCUCAGGGUACUCAGCACCUGGCAGGCUCUUGGCAAUUUAGAAAUGUUUGUCUUUCCUGCAGGAAAAGGAGAUUUUGAAUAGCUUAUGAUCAAAUUUCAGUGAGAAAGUAGCAUGAUCUAGUGGACUGACCUUGGAAACGGGGGGCUAGGAACUCCUAGGUUCCAGUUGCAGCUCCAUCACUGACUUCUGCGUCAUUCUGUAAGUCAUUUAUUGCCUGAUUUUUUUUUUCCCAAAGGUUCUUAGUCCCCACAGCUUCCAUUGACUUCAAAUGGAAAGUCGGGUCAUUAACCUGUUUCUUUUCCCUCUGUACAGUACAGUUUUAAUACUUAGCGUGCUUGCGUACCUCAGCCUGGUGGUGUGAGGACUUUAGCUUGUACUCCACUUUGAAAAUGCAUAGUACAGUGCAACAUAACAGCUAGUGUGCCCUACCCCUUUACAUGGCUGACUUACCCAAGUGAUAUAGAUGAUUUGGAAGCUUAGAGUUGUGUUUUUAAUAUAUACAAGCCCAAAUUGCUUUCUCAAGUAUGUCUGGCUCACAGUGUAUUUAGGGCCAGAUUCUGUUUCCAUCAGUCAAUGGUGAAAAGGACUUGAAAGGAGGCUGGAUCAGAUACUGGUAGCCUUUGCAUCCACCCCAUCCAUUCUGUUUUCUUCAAAUUAAGAAAGCAGCUGCUCCCUUUAAUAAACAGGAGGCACAGUUUGAUCAACAGGAUUAACAGUUUGAUUCUAAUGGGAUAAAGGUUGCACAUUUUAAAUUACUUUUAUCAAUGAUAGGCUUCUUGUGCAUCUAUCAGUCAUAAAUGGUUCUGAAUAGUUCACUGCUGCUAUGAUGCAUCUUUCUGCCAUGACACCUCAUUUAUUUAAAAAUGUGCAUAUAAUAUUUUAAAUAGGUUGAAGUUUUGUUUAAAUAUCCAUUCACCAGGUCUGUGGGUGUGUUUCAGUUUCUCAGUAAAAACACAGGUGACAGACUCCUCCUAUGACAAUCUUUAAGUGGGAAGUGAGUGAUGAGUUAUUUUGCUGUAGCUCUGAUUUUAUUCAGACGUACUAGUUUUGUUGGCAUGGCCCCUGCUCUCUGAUAUGUGGGCCACAGCCACUUCACUUUCAGCUCUUGAUUAGCAGAGCUACAUCCACUUCUAGUUCUCCUUUGUCCCACUGUCUUUGGGGUGGAUCCAAUCAAUGAGAUUUUCAAUUGGCAUCAGUCUGCUUAGAACAAGAACAGGGAAGGCUCAGGAAGCCUUUAUAUAAAUGUAUGGCUGUUACUGUAAAUCCAAUAUUUAAAUAUAUUGCUUUAAAAUCUGUUGUUGAAACAAAUCUUUUCCUUCAUAUGUUUAAACUUCUUUAUAGAAAAAUAUUUUUUCAGUUUGUUUAAAACUUUUCAGUAUAAUGCUAUCUAAUAGAAUAAGAAUGUGUCAACAAGAUCAGCAAACUGGCUCCUGAGCAUGAGUGCAGACUGUAGGAAAUGUAUAGCAAAUGCAAAUGGCUGAAGCUUGGCUGUCUCCCAUUGAGUUAUCAGUCCUAGCCUUGCUCACAGAGAUAAAUGUCUUCACACAGGCCAGCCACCACAGACCUCUUAUUUAUACUUGUACAUGGCUUAAGUUUAAUUUAAGUCCUUUUAUGUUAAUACUGUUAAAAACCGCAAUACUAUUUUGAGUCAGCAGACCCACUCUAACCCUUCAAGAACUCAACAUUAAUUUAAUUAAUGUAACAUUGUCAAAUAGUUAAGACCCAGUAUUUGCUCUGCUUUAAAUUGGAAUAAAAUUGGAAUAACCUCAACAUGCCAAACACAAAACCUGCUUUAAAAAUCCACUUACUAUAAAAUCUGUAAUGGCUUUCUGUCUGCUGUCUGCAGGAGACAUUAAUACUAGGGGUGGUCUAGACUGACAGUGUGUGUCCAACAGCAUUAAACUGGACUGCCCGUGUGAGUAAAGCUACUCAUUUGCACAAGUUCUUUAGGAUCAUAAGGGUGCAUGUUGCAGCAUUGCAAUAUUAUGGACCCCUUCCUGUUCCGACUGAAGUUAAUGGCAAUGUGUCCAUUGACUGCUGUGACAGGAGAUGUUUGCAUCACACCGGAAGUACUAACUCUCUGGUGUCACUGUUAGAAAGCAUAGGGCCAAAUCCACUCCAACCCUCUGCUGGCUGUGUAUCAAGGGUUCAGUCUUUCAAGGUGCUGGACACUGGCCCUGAUCCAACAAAGCAAUGGCUUAAGCAAGUGAAUAGCCUCAUUGAGUUGAUUGGGCCUACCCAUUUGCUAAACGUUAAAUACUCUGCAAGAUCAGGACAGUGUGUGCAGCACCUUGAGAUCAAGCCUCAUAAGAGCACAAAACACAUGGGCCAAAUUCAUCCCUGCUGCCACUCCAUUAGCUUCAGUAGGGUUAUACCCGGAAUGAAUUUGCUGCAUUCAUUAACAAAUUUUUUGCUGUAAUUAUUGAUGCUGGAGACCAUAAAAGAAAGUAACCACGUUGGUUUGUUCUCCCUAAUAAAUACAGGGAGGAACAAGGAAAUGUAGUAUUUGUCAAAUGGAAAAGGAAAUUACCAGGGUCAGAAAUGUUACCUGGAAGAUUCUAAAGCGAUUCAAGAAAAUUUAAAAACUAUAAUGAAGUAUUUUGAAGGGCCUAAUUCUGUUGUUUUUUCUCUCAGAAAAUUUUGAAGUCAGUGGGAGAUUUACAUGUACACAAGAACUUCAGGGUCAGGCUCACAUUAUUUGUUUUUGUUUUUAACUAUCUCUUGAAAUUUAGUUAUUUGCUUUUCUGAAUGGUUGUGUUCCACUAUAUUAGGUUCAAGCGGUUUGAUUCACAUAGUACAAGUUGCAAUGGCUGGUAACAUAUUGUCAAAUUACUGAAAUUCAUUAGGAUGGGAUUCUUUAAAAAUAUGUAAAUGUCUGAAUGUGUAUUUUAAUGGCAUAGAACUACACUUUGUUUUUGGUGUUGUAGAGAGAACUAGGGAGAACUUUAUUUUUCAAUAAACUUUUUCUUGUGUGAUUUGGA